AUGGCAGCUAUAUUGUCCCUCGUGGUCAUCCUUAUGUUGUUGGUGAGCCCACCCAGCAAAGGUAACAAGAUUAACUCAUAUGUGGAAGUGUUGAAGGAUGUUGCACGUUUAUUAGGAGGAGAAAAUACAGAAGGGAGAAUGGAAUCGAUCGCUGUCCAUGGGAGAGCUGGUAUCAAAAGUUCCCAAAGCAUCCAUGCUGCCAUCUCUAGACUGAUUGGAGGUCUCAGAGCCUUGAGCAUUUUACCUCAAAGUAAUCUGCCUGUUUUUCUUACCAAGCGUACAGUAGACAGAAAGAGACUCUCUGCAUUUCUGUACAACAUCUCACUAUAUUUGCAAAGUAACGACCUCCAAGAUCCAGCAGAUGAAACCGUCAUGUUGAAUGUUCUUGACCCUGGAGAGGUGGAGGUUGACCCCCCUCCCAGGGCCAUGCUGGAGCUGAAGGACCUCUUUGUGUCAUUGAGGGCCAGCAGGGACUUGGACAGUCUCAUUGAGUUCCUGCAAAUUAUCUUAGAUUUUUUCACAGAACAUCAGCUUUUCAGUUGGCUUUUCCAAAAGCAAAACUGGGAGAGCCUUGUUGGUCUGAUUGAGACAGUUUUCCAAACAUUAUUAAGUGGAACGUAUGAACAAGCCAGGGCUGGCAUUCAGGAGCUAAUGUGUUCACUAAUGGGGCAGGGUGACUGUGCCAUCGAAAUGGAUUGGUUUGAAAGUCUAGGCAAGUUACUUGACCUGACAAACUGGAAACCAGUGGUCAACCUCCAGUCCCACGGUCCACCGCCUAGGACUGAAAGAUUCCAACCAUGGAACGGGUCUCCAGAGACCGGGAACAGUGGGAAUCCUCACCCGCAAAGCUUAAACUCAGCAAAGAGUGUCAACAGCAUGCACAGUCUGCUUCAGAUUCUUUCAAAGCCCAGUGGCAGGAGGAGUGUGUCAGAGGGGCUACGUUCAGCCAAUCAAUCCCAAUCGAUGUGGAGUGAGGAAGUCCUGUGGGAUGGCCUGGAAGAACUCAAACAGAAUAUUUUACAAAAAGUCGGGACACGGGUCUACAUGAACUUUAAAAGGCAAGUGUCACAAAUGAAAGGCUCUCUGGCGAAGGAAGUCGCAUCUGUUAUUGGAAUUCCUCGAGCAGACCACGAUGGAAAAUGUUCUGUUGGAGAUGUAAGACAGCUUCUUUUAUGGGGGAUCAGGAACAACAUCUCCUGGAACACUCCAGUCUUGGGAUUCAGCUCACAAGGACUUUUGGCUGAAACACCUUUUCUAGCCUGUAGCCGACUGAGUGACAAAGUCAGGGACAUGCGAAGAAAUUCCCAUACGGUGUCCAGGCGAUCUGGGGAGACUGUUAUAGGGGACCGUGAUUUUCCCUACACUGGAACUCUGGAGGCUGUUUGUAACGACUCCAUGCCCAGACUCCCAGGGAUCUCCAACUUCACUGUCUAUCUCUACUGCAACCUCUUCAACCAGACCACAGCUGUGAGCCAGGCCCCACCAGACCUCCGAGCUGCCUGCUCAGAUGCUGCCUGGUACUUCUCCGCAGUUCAAGAGGAUCUUUACUGGGUUCAGGUCUGUCGGCAGUUUUACACGUCAGAGUUCAACUCCACCAUCUGCAGCAAUGUCUCCCUGUUGAGCCGGCAAGAUUUCAACCAGCUCUGUGCCAAGCUGCAGGACGGGUCAAGGAAACAUGGCACCUUAGCCAGGGAUUGCGGCAGGUUGUCAACGAGAGCGAGUGUAAGCUCAGAGGAGAUCCAGGUCUGUCUGCUGGCCAAUGGGGCAGAUUCUAUCCACAAGCUUUGCUCAAAUGAAACUUUCCUGACGAGUGUGACUGGAGACAAAAGGCUGAUCAGGAAUUUAUGCAGGCAGCGAAACAGACUGAAAAUGGAAGCAAUCUCAUUAAUUGUGGGCGAUCAGAAUGGCACUGAUUUGGUCAACCAGUUUUGCUCCCAAAUGACCAUCCUGAAUAAUCUCAGUGUGGCUGAGCCCAGGAUUAACCCAGUCUGUUCGUGGCUAACUACUAACUCAGAAGAAGUAAACAUUGUCAAUAGCAAAUGUGACCAAAUGUUGCAAAAUUCCAGUAUGGAAAAGGAUGAGGUUCAGGAGUGUAUCCUUCGUCUGGAUGUUGAAUAUAUCAAGGAGAUCUGCUUCAACAGGACAUUCUUGAGGGAUCUGUCUGGAGCUGGUGCGUGGGGCAGCCUUCUCUGUGCACACAUCAUCAGUGGCUUAGAGGGGCUGCAGCUUUCAGCCAGCAGCUGUCACCGAGGGUCUGAGGCUUCAAAUGCCACCAUCAGCGAUUUGCAGGAAUGCAUCUUGGCGAGGGGCGCAGCUCACAUCCAUGAUAUCUGCACCCAUGGGACAGCUUUCAAAGUUGAUGAGCGGACUGUGUCCUGGUUAAUUCGUUUUUGCGGCCUUCUUGAUGACUUGAGGGAAGUGCUGAAUUCUUUACCUGUUGAAAGCCUUCCGUUAAAAUGUGAUUACAAGACAUGGUCGGACAAGAUGUUUAUCGAUGGCAGCCUUCUAGCGAGCUGUAAAGACCAGGACAAUGAAGGCUUAAAGGAAAUCAUUUGCCAGAAUGCCACUCUUUAUGACAUCAUUUCACCGCUACACCCUUGGGUCAUAAAUUACUGUGUGGCCUCCAAAGAACCACAAGAAGAGGAGUGUUUGGUAGGCCAUUUACUCGACAACUUUCCAGUACCUUUGAACCUCAACACAACUCAACUGUGUCAAAAUCCAACUGCUUUCCUGACUGACCUCCUCGAUCAUUUCAACCAGUGUGAUGACCAGGCCUUCAGUUGGAUUUCCAACGCCAACUAUAUUCUUCGAGUCUUCAAUUACAUCCUGGAUGUUUCCAGCCUCGAUCACAGCGAGGAGGAAGUCCAAGGGGUUUUGAGUGAGGCCAUCCUUCUCUCCAGCUUAUUGGACAAUGCUUCUUUCUGGGAAGCCUUCAAUCCCAAUGCUUCUGUCAGUAUUUUACAGACCAUUGACAGCUACUUAAAGGAAGAGACAGACAGAGCCCUUAAAAAUGACCUUCUCAACUGCUUCAGCCCAGUUCUCUGGGACAUGUUACAGAAUGAGGAGGAUUCACCAGCCCUGAGAGAUCUUUUACAGGAAUACCUGCUGAUGCCCCGGGAGAAUUUGCAGAAGAUUCUAAUGUCAGCUGAGAGCGACAGUGUCAAGAAACUGCUCUCACACAUGCACAGGACAUGGCAACAACUCCAGGUUUCUCAGAGCAAUCGACCUGCCCUGGAGACAUUCACUGCUGCCUUUCUGCAGAAGUUUCCCCGAGUAACCCCUGACCUCUUUGUGGACCUGUCACAGUUCAUUCCUUUCAUGAGUGUGUCGGACAUUCGGGGUUUCCCUGAGUCACUCCUUCUGAGCCACAGCAAAUGUAAACCCUUAAUUCAGCAAAUACACCUACUGUCCGUGCCGAGGGAGCGCCGCGCGGUCGAAGGGUCAGUGCCGAGGGAGCGCCGCGCUGUCGGACGUUUGGCGACCCUCCGGAAGCGCAGCUCAGACAUGACUGACCAACAGAAGAGGGCAUUUGCCAGGAGGCUGCUCAACAGCACCCGCUUCGGGGAGGUCAGCUCCUGGAGUCCGGGCUUCCUGAACUCGGUGCAGCAUCUGCUGCCCUUCUUACCCAUUGGGCACUUUCAGCAGCUGACCCCUGAGCAGCUCCUUUCAAUGCCUGAUGGGUUUGGAAACAGCAGCUUGGAUCCAGCUCGGGGAAGGUAUGCAAUCCGCACUCUCCUGAACUCCAGUCGGAAUCUCACUGCGGGGGACAUCAGAAGACUCGGAAAGCUGAUUUGUUUUGCGAAUGAAGAGGAUCUCCAGCUGCUGCUGGCCGCCCCAUCUCACUCAGACCGUGUCUCCUCAGCUCUUUUGAGAUGUGUUUCGGACCGGACAAUUGACACGGACGGACGGGUUGCAUUUCUUUUGGCAACUCACCUGCGGAGACAGAACAUGAGCACCUUGACCCACUGGAAUUUGGAGAGACUUGGCAGCCUCCUGCCUGUGCUUGGGGUCAACUUCCUGAGCACACUGCCAGCUCAUCAACGGGCAGUCGUCAUCUCCAGCAUCAGGUCCGUGCCAUUCUCCAGUGCCCAGGUUCAUCAACUUGUGACUGAGAUUAUCCAGGACAUUAAUGUGACUGAGGAUAUAAUUUGCCAGUAUGCCCAUUUUCUGCCUGGCUUCAGUCCUUCGGUCCUGAGAAAUAUUCCAGCCUCAGUUGUAGCCAGUGCGUGUCCAUGCUUCACCCCAUUCCUGUCUCAGCUAAGUGCAACUCAGAAAGCUGUCGUACUGGAAGUUGUCCGGACUGUGAACAGGCAUGAUGGGAUCCAGCUGGCCCAGUUUGGCUGCCUGGUUCCGUUUGUCCCAUUGAAAGACCUGGUGUUCGAUUCUGAAUCUUUCCUGAGAAACCACAGCCUCUUUAGGAACUGGGCAUGGUCACCGCAGCAGGCCCAGUUUAUUUUCAAGCAGGUUCAAGCAGCUUCAAACAUAACAGAGUAUCCUGUUCAAUCUUUGGGAAACGUGGCCUGGGGUGCAGACUGUGCAAUUCUCCGAGAGCAAACGGCAGAUUCAGAGUUUCUAGAGUUGGUCCGUUUUCUCAGCGAGCUGCCUGGUGGAAUCAGACAAUCUCUGCGAAAAUGCAUUGUCAAGGAGCUAGGCCUCAGGCCGGGAAUAUCCCAGAGCAAUAUCCUCCGCAUGGGUCCGGAGAUGUUAGUCAAUUUACCCCUGAAAUUCUUCACCAGUUUUCUGAAUGACUCCAUGCGAACCAUCCUGGAUCAUGUGACAAGACAUACCACCCGCCUUCUAACCCUGCCGCCACAAAAACGCAGCUUUCUGGCAGGAAAGGCUCUGCAGCUUCUGGGAAUUGGGCCCAAUGAUGAAAUUUCAGGAGACGGUCUGGACAGCAUGGGCCCCCUGGUCGCCUUUAUUGAUGAAACAUUGAUCAAACAAAUCAACCCCCGAGAGCUGGUGCUGCGCCUGGAUGAGGUCAAAGGUUACUGUGUCCCAGAGGAAAAUAAGAAAGCAUUUGGUUGGAUGUUGACCAGGAGUGAAGUGCUGGGGACUGCAUCCGGCUGGACUGUGCAGCAACUGGAGUCCAUGGAUAGACUUGUCUUCAUCCUUUCGCCUGAUGAUAUUCACAAACUACCAAAGGAGGUGCUGACAGCGGAGGUGGUGGAGUUGGUUCUCCGCAGUGAGGGCCGAUGGGGAGCGAGUGACAUUGGCAGGGUCUGCCAGGAGCAACAGAGAGAGUCUGCGCGCACAACCCUCCUCAGCAAAAGGCUCAGCUUAGUGACCACAGCCAUAAAGAGCAUCACAAAGAGGCGAAGAGAGGGCAUCCCAAUCUGCAUCGACAUCAGAGCCACGUUUCCCAUGGCCUGGAGCAGCAGCCAGCUCGCUGGUAUGGCUGACAAUGAAUUUGCCGACUGUUUGGAAAUUCUCACCAAUGACCAGGAUCUGUCAGCAGAGCAUCUGAAAGUCCUGCUCACAAAGACCAAGCAGUUGUAUGGCUCUGUAAGACUAAUGAAACCAUGGCAGGUCCUGCAGAUGGGCCGUGCAGUCACCCAGCUCGGUGAGCGACAUUUCCAGAACUUAGAUCUCUCCGACUUGGCGGUUCUGACCUUCCUGGGGGAGGUGGGCGAAUGGAGUAAAAAACAGAGGAGGGCAGGAUUUAGUAGCUUCCUCCGAUGGAGCAGGGAGCCUGUAUCAAAGCUGAAGGCCACGACCCUCACUGCCCUGGGACAUUUGAUCUGUGGGAUGUCAGUCACAGAGAUGGAGAACAUCAAUCCAGAGGAAUUCAGUAAGGCUGUCUUAUUCCUCGGGGGUUUGAAGCUCAGAUGCUCUGAAGCCCAGCUGGAGGCACUGGCCAGGCUCGUCACACAGCCCCAGGCCUUUGGGCUGGUCAGCAACUGGGGUGCUGAAAUCUUCACUGAAAUUGGGUCCAUUGCAGCUGGACUACCUGACGUCACGUUGUCAUCGCUUGUGGAGCAACAGAUUGAAGGGCUCACGCCUUCAGCCAUCUCCCUCAUCGUCCCGAGCAAAUUUGCAGUUGUAUUCAACGCCGAUCAGCUGUCGUCUCUCAGCAGUGCCCAGGCCUCUGCUGUAACCAGCAAACAGUAUGAGAAGCUGAGCCCAGAGCAGAGGCGAGCUGUCAGCACUGCACAGUACGAUGGAGAGAUCCACCAGGAGCAGAGAGGCAAGAAUGAUGCAGUCCUGUCAGCCUCAGUGAAGCUAGCUGGCCUGUUCUUGUGUCUAUCUAUUACUUAUCAUCUUAGAGAGAAUUAGACCUGCUGUCUCGCAGGAUUGACACCGGUUUUGG